GGAGUGAAAGCGUAUUUGGAGCGAUAACGAUAGCACGCUCGGCCACUGUGGGUAAAAGACAAUCUGCUGAUGCUACAGAGACACACCGCUCCGUGACUGACGGACGGACAGGGGCCAGAGGAGCUGACUCGCACUGUGGGGCGUUAAUGGCCACAACAUUUCCUAAAGGGACACGCUGCUGCCCGUGAGAUUACCUGUAUAGCAAAUUCGUCCUGGAAAUUGACGUGCAUUUGCCGUAUUUUAGAGGCAACGGAAGUUUCUGUGACCGAUUUUUGGGAGAUUAAGAAAUUAACUGGCUGCAGUCAUGGACGAAGACAACCAAGUGCCAGAGGACCUGUCUUUGGAGGAGAGAGAUGAGCUGUCGAAUAUACGACGCAGGAAAAAAGAGCUUUUGGAUGAUAUUGAACGGCUGAAGUUUGAGAUCGCAGAAGUAAUGACAGAGAUUGAACAGCUAACCUGUGUGGGAGAGAGCAAAACGACACAAAGAAACAAACAGAUCGCCAUGGGAAGGAAGAAAUUUAACAUGGAUCCUAAAAAGGGAAUCCAGUUUCUUUUGGAGAACGAUCUUCUCCAGAACACCCCUGAAGACAUUGCACAGUUCCUCUACAAAGGCGAGGGGCUCAACAAAACCGUCAUCGGGGACUACUUAGGGGAACGGGAUGAUUUUAACAUCAAGGUCCUCCAGGCAUUUGUGGAGCUCCAUGAGUUUGCAGACCUCAACCUUGUUCAAGCCUUAAGACAGUUUCUGUGGAGCUUUAGACUUCCCGGCGAGGCCCAGAAGAUUGAUCGUAUGAUGGAGGCGUUUGCCUCCAGGUACUGUCAAUGCAAUCCUGGCGUCUUCCAGUCCACAGACACCUGCUACGUCCUAUCAUUUGCCAUUAUUAUGCUGAACACCAGCCUUCAUAAUCCCAACGUCAGAGACAAGCCCCCAGUGGAGCGCUUCAUCUCCAUGAACAGAGGGAUCAAUGAGGGGGGAGACCUCCCAGAGGAGCUACUCAGGAAUCUAUACGACAGCAUCAAAAGCGAACCCUUUAAGAUCCCAGAGGAUGAUGGGAAUGACCUGACGCACACGUUCUUCAACCCAGACAGAGAAGGCUGGCUGCUCAAAUUAGGAGGCCGAGUGAAAACCUGGAAGAGACGGUGGUUCAUCCUGACGGACAACUGCCUUUACUACUUCGAAUACACAACUGAUAAGGAGCCUCGUGGGAUCAUCCCACUGGAGAAUCUGAGCAUCAGGGAAGUGGAGGAGCCCAGGAAACCUAACUGCUUUGAGCUCUACAACCCCAAUCACAAAGGCCAGGUGAUCAAAGCCUGCAAGACGGAGGCAGAUGGGCGUGUUGUCGAGGGCAACCAUGUGGUAUACAGGAUAUCAGCACCCACACCUGAGGAGAAAGAGGAGUGGAUUAAAUCCAUUAAGGCCAGCAUUAGCAGAGACCCUUUCUAUGACAUGUUGGCCACCAGGAAGAGGCGCAUCGCCAACAAGAAGUGAAAGUGACAAUCUUGUCAACCUCCAAACCCCUCCAUCUUUCACUCCUUCAGUUCAUGAACAUUUAAACUGCACACUGGAAUUCUUGUUCACCUCAGAAAUGACUGUCUGGACUGGAAGCCAAACCUCAGUUUCUUCCCUGGACUGUCUACAAGUUAUCUGCACUUGCUGGGAGGACAUCACACACUACAGAGGGAACAGCAGAACUCCAGGAAAUGCAAAAAUGUGCACUUGGUUCUAACACAGAGCAGCAAAAUAACCAACCAGCCUGUUUGUGUUUCCUUCAUCUCAUAUUUCUCCCCUACAUCCCUACUUAGGGUCAUAAUUUCUGUAUGUCCCCUUAAGCACAACUGCCAUGUUUCAGGUGCACAUGCAUGUGUGUGGGUUAUUAUAAACCAAGAUGUUUGUGUUUGUGUGUGUGUAGCAGUGUGCAUGUUGUCAGUGCACACAGCAUCUACAGUAUGGGUGCAUAAGUGAUGCAAAUGUUGCCUCCACUGUGCUUUAAUCAAAGUUCAAGUUCAGUAUCAGCUUUCAGAUGGAUGUUAAUCAACUUUGGGGAUAAAACACACUUAAGAAAGAUACAAUGAGACGACAGAGGGACAUGUUUGAGGGACGGUGGUUGAAUCAGUGCAGUAUAACCUCAGCUGGACCGUGUAGUCAUCUCACUCUGGUGCUGGAUUUUUCUCUCCAGGUGCCCUGCUCAGAGUAACCUCAGAAAAACACGGCUUACAUUUCGGUUUUAAACAAAGGAUUGCCGUCUUGAGUCAGCUGGACUGAUUUCAUUUAUCUACAUUGAGCAAAGAUUUUGGAAAUGUGCAUACUUUUUAUUUUAAUUUGUUAGCAAUGGUGCUUUUGCCGAGGAUUCAGAUUAAACUUGCUUUUUGGACCUAAAGUUGUAAUCCUUAAGACUUAUCAGCUGGUUAUUCACUCAUUUAUACACCAGUUUACCAAACUUUCACCUAAAAACAAAAAAAGAUAAACUUAUACACACAUUUACAAUCUGGGGAACUUCUUUUGUGUUAAAUGUCCCCGACACUCAGAUAUAGUCGUAUGUAAAAAUAUCUAUCAAAGCUUUAACGGGCUGUUUAAGUGUUGUUGUCAGAAAGCUGACAAACUAAAUAUGAGGAAAUAACACUAGAGUAACAUUUCCAAACAUGUUGUAUUACCUAAAAUGUUAAAAAUGAUCAGAACAAGAUCUGAUUUGAUGAACAACUUAAGGAAUAUAACUUUAAUUUGAGUCUUUUCAGUUCAGUCCAAAGGUUGGUUUAACUAAAAAACAACAGGUACCAGUUUGAUUAAGCUUUUUUUUUUUUCCUUUAUUCUUCUUUAUUGCCUAUGUUAGUGAAGGUUGAUGUAUUGUUGUGAUCCUGUUUGCAUUUGUAACCUUGAAGAUCCUUGCUUGCUUUUGUGUUCCUCUUUAAGAAUUCCUAAAUACAAAUCAGCUAUCAUUUUUGUAUUUAUUUUCAUUUUGUGAAAUGGUUUAAUACCACCUGUAAAUGUUCAAUAUAAGUUAUGUAUGUAUAUAUUACCAUGUAUAGGUUUCUGGUCUCUUUGUUGUAGUAUGCACACUCUGUGUAACAAGUUUGCAUCAGUUGAAGUUUGGGGUCUUCUUUGCAAAAGCCUUAAACAUAAUCAUCAGAAGAUAUAUGCUAACAACAGUUAUGAUGAUGAUGAUGAUGAUGAUGAUGAAGAGAACUUUGGUCAGAACUGUGACUAAGCUGUUAAAAAGCCAUGACUGAUGAGUGAGAAGAUGGUUGUAUUUAUAGCAAUUAUAAAGAUUCUAGUGAAUAUGAUGUUUAAUGUUAAUGAUGAUGACAUUGGUGAGGUAAUAGAAGUGAUGAUGAAAAUAUAAUUGAUAUGCUGAUGAUGAUGAUGAUGAUGUCAAAAACACCAAUAGUUUUCUAUGUGAUUGUAAAAUAAAAUGAAUGCCUUGUAGGCAGAGCUCAAUAUUAUCUUCUACUGCCCUGUGUGGGCACGUAGCUGUGUUAACUUUUAUAUUCUCUGUAAAAGCUAUUGGUCACGUACAUUACAUGUAUCUACAUAAAGUAUACAUAAAGCUUAUAGCA